AUGGCUUCAGAGAUGGAGCUCUCAAGCUCCUUCAUUUCGGCAUUGUACAAGCCAGCAGACUCAUUGCCGAUUGCAAAGCAUAAGGAAACACUUCUCUACCUUGUUGAGACCUAUCCGGUCACCAUUGUGGUGGGCCAGACGGGAAGCGGAAAGACAACCCAGCUACCACAGUACCUGGAUCAAGCAGGCUGGUGUGAAGAUGGAAAGGUUAUCGCCGUCACACAGCCUCGCCGGGUGGCUGCCACGACAGUUGCGACUCGGGUUGCAAAAGAGAUGCACACCAAGCUCGGUGAAGACGUGGGGUACUCAAUCCGCUUUGAGGAUGUCACAUCCCCUGUAACCCGAAUCAAGUUCCUCACAGAUGGAAUGCUCCUUAGAGAGGCUUUGGUUGAUCCGUUACUAUCUCGGUACUCCGUGAUUAUGGUUGAUGAAGCCCAUGAAAGGUCUCUAAGCACCGAUAUUCUUCUUGGCAUUCUCAAAAAAAUUAGAAAAAAGCGCCCUGAGCUUCGUAUCAUCAUCAGCAGUGCGACUUUGCAGGCAGAGGACUUUUUGCGGUUUUUCGCUGGUGAUGAGUACCAACCGAAUGCUGAGCCUGAUGAUCGGGGCGGCAAAGUUGGACGAAUUAUAAGCAUGGAGGGUAGAAUGUUCUCUGUGGACACCUUGUUCCUUGAAAAUCCCGCAAACGACUAUGUCGAACGAGCAGUCAAGACGGUCAUGGAUAUCCACACCCAGGAAGCAGAGGGUGACAUACUUUUAUUCUUGACGGGCCGAGAAGAGAUUGAUCGGGUUAUCCAGAUGUUAUCGGAACGCGCAGCAGAUCUCCAUCCAAAGAUGCCUUCAUUACUCACACUGCCUCUAUAUGCCGGUCUUACAACGGAUCAGCAGAUGUACGUCUUCGAACCAGCGCCAGAUAAUUCUCGAAAAGUCGUCGUGUCGACCAACAUUGCAGAGGCAUCUGUGACAAUAGACGGCAUCGUCUACGUGGUAGACUGUGGAUACUCCAAACUGAGGGCCUACAAUCCGAAUACCGGCAUUGAGACAUUAACAGCGGUGCCAAUAUCGAAAGCAUCUGCUACCCAACGAGCCGGACGAGCGGGCAGAACAAAAGCUGGCAAGUGUUUCCGUCUGUACACUCAGCAAAGCUAUGAGAAACUCCCCCAAGCAACCAUCCCCGAGAUCCAGCGGUCCAAUCUUGCUCCAAUGAUCAUGCAGCUCAAAGCUUUGGGUAUUGACAACAUUGUGCGAUUUGACUUUUUGACAUCACCACCAGCCGAACUGGUGAUUCGUGCCUUUGAGCUUCUGUUUUCACUUGGUGCUGUCGAUGAUUAUGCCAAGCUCACCAAACCACUAGGAAUGCAUAUGGCGGAGCUUUCGGUGGAUCCAAUGAUGGCCAAGGUUCUACUCACUGCGCCGAAAUUCAAUUGUUUGAGCGAGAUCCUAACCAUAGCCGCUAUGGUCAGUCUCCAAGGCACUGUCUGGGUGCAACAUGAUGGUGAGAAACGGAUUGCGGAGAGUCAUCGGCGAAAGUUUGCUGUUGAGGAAGGCGACCAUUUAACCUACCUCAAUGUGUACCAGGCUUUUGUCACGAAGGGCAAAAAGGACUCCCAAUGGUGCCGCAGGAAUCUUCUAAACUACAAGGCUUUACAGCGGGCAGUGAGCAUUCGUGGUCAGCUCAAACGAUACUUGGAACGUUUCGGGAUUUCGGUUGACGAAACCCUUUCGUCUCGACUGUCAGUGGUUGAUCCCAGCAAACAGCCUGAACAGAUCCAGCGCUGCCUGACAACUGGGUACUUUGCGCAUGCGGCAAAGAUGCAGCCAGAUGGAACAUUUAAAACAGUCAGCGGCGGUCUUACUCUACACCCUCAUCCAAGCUCUUUGAUGUUUGUAAGUUGUCCAACUGCUUAUUCCGGGAGAAUCGUAUCCUCGCUAACUUUGAUCUAG